AUGCGUUAUCGUUUCACUAUGACUUCCUCUCCUCUGCUUCAACUCGCAUCACAGCCCAGCCCGCUCCCGCUCGCGUACGACGUCCGUCCGACCUCCCUGCGAGGAGGAAACGACUUCUGGGCUUUUUUUCAGCAGCGGCAGGACAAGCUGGAAGAAACGACUCGCCAGAGUUUCUCCGACCAAUCAGAGGCAUCCACGUGUUCCGAGCUGCGCGAGAAUCCCGAGGGUCCGAAGGCGAUUGAGGACCCUAGGUUAGACGAGGACGGUCAAGUGGACGAUGUCAGAAACAGUGACGGAGGAGUAACGGUAGUUAAGACUUCUUCUAGUUCCUCCAAUUCAGUUAGUCUGCAGGGAUUUCUGCAGCAGCAAUUGUCGUUACCGAAGCGGAGACCGUUAGGCCCGCCAGUGCAGAGCUCGUAUCUGUCAAAGCGCGAAGAUGAUAAAGGCAGAAAGCCGUUGUUUUCCUUUGGGGUCAUCACCGAUGUUCAAUACGCCGAUAUCAACGACGGCCAAUCCUUCCUCGGCAUCCCGAGGUUUUACCGCCACAGCCUCGAAGUGGUAAAGAAGGCGGUGGAGGAUUGGAACCAAUCAACGCCGCCGAUGUCGUUUGCUGUUCAUUUUGGCGAUAUUGUGGAUGGCUUUUGCCCCAGGGACAGAUCCGAGGAAGCUGUUAACACAGUUCUGGAUGCAUUGGCUGGGUUCACAGCCGGGCCCACAUACCACAUGAUCGGCAACCACUGCUUGUACAAUCUGCCUCGCGUGACUCUCAAUAAGAUGCUCGCCAUCCCCACCGCCGCUGACAACUGCUCUUACUAUGACUUCUCGCCCUUCCCUAACUUUAGGUUCGUUGUGUUGGAUUCGUACGAUGUGAGUUUGCUGGGGUGGCCUGAGGACCAUCCACACGCUGUGAGGGCAAAGGAAGUGUUGGAAAGGGAGAACCCCAACGAGGAGAAGAACAGCCCUGAGGGGCUCGAAGGUCUCAACAGGCGGUUUGUGAAGUUCAACGGAGGGGUGGGGGAGGAGCAGCUCAGAUGGCUGGAAGGCGUGCUAUCAGAGUGCGACGCCCUGGGGGAAACGGUGGUGCUAUGCUGCCACCAGCCCAUUGAGCCCACGGCUCUGCCCACUGCCACCUGCCUUGUCUGGAACUAUGAUGAGGUCCUAGCGACCAUCCACAGGCACGAGUGUGUGGCAGCAGUGAUGGCCGGGCACGCGCACUUCGGAGCAUACGCCCUCGACACCAGAGGCAUCCACCACCGCAUUCUGGAAGGCGCUGUGGAGUGUUCCCCCGGCACGGUGGCCUUUGGCCAUGUGGAUGUGUAUCCGGACCGGCUCUGCAUCAUUGGCAAGGACCGCAUGCUUUGCACUGACAUGAAGUUCCCCUCUCGAGCCAGCCACUCCGCUCUGUAG